AUGAGUAGCAUGCAGCAGAAAGAGAAGUAUGAUGAUUAAGCGCAGAUUCCCCCAACAAUAUUAAAGUUAUCCUCCUCUCCAAUGAAUCUAAGACCCCCUUCUUUCUUCCUUUAAAAUACUCACAGAAAUGUAACUUAAGACACAAACAGGACACUUGGCUCAUCUAAUCUCAAAGACAAGAUCCUUUCAACAAGAGAGCGAUUCAAUCAACUCAAGCAAAGAAAAAGACAAUAAAACUCAACAGCAGCUCCUAAUCAUACCACUUUACAGCUAGAAAGCACAUUAUAGACUAAUGAUUUAGGCUUUGCCUUAGGUUAAGGCACAGCAAGAAACUAUUACUAAUCAUAUCAGUCAAAUUCAAAGUAAAGAGAUACUAGUGGCUAUAACUUACCAAAACCCAAGAAAAUCUCUUACUUAAGAGAUGAUUCAAUAGAAAGUGAUAAUGUAGAUAGAGAUGAGGAAGCCUAUCCCUUGUAAAUUCCAAAUACUCUCUCAAAUGAAUAAAGGUUUAAAUAAUCAGGUCAAGAGAGCUCUUAAAAACUCGCUCUAUAAAAGUCAAGUAGGAUUACCUUCUUACAAACUCGAUGGAGCAAAACUGCUUGUAAAUAGACUAUAAGUAUAACUAAAAAUAAGAUUUCAACAGUUCUGCGAGAUGCUUCAUAUAGCUAAAGAAACCCUAAAAUUCUUAAAGAUAGAUGGAAGUUUGUAAGAAACGUAAUGAGCAAUAUGGAGUAACACAAAUCUAAUAGCUAGAGACCUCAUGUUUUGUAGGACAGAACUAAUCACUUAAGCUUUUCAAGACCAAAUGAUAAUACCUAAGCAAAUGAUAGUGCAGGUGGAAAUAAUAUGAGUAGUUUUGUAUAAAUACAGCAAAUGUUUGAUAAUUUCAAGUCUAUGAGAGCAAGUAGUGGGGAAAAUGGUUUGAAAUUACUCAAGAAAAAGGAGAAUGAGCUAAAGCUGAUGAAAAAUUCUCAACAGCAGCAAGAGAAUAUAUAUCCAACUCAUAGAAUGAUACAACAGCAUGGUUUCAAAAAGCUGUCAUAUAAAACUAGAGAUGGCUUAAUUGCGAAGAAAAAUCAAGUGAAUAGAAGUGAGCUUCCUCCAGUUGCUUAUCAUCCUAAUCAAAUUAAGAAGAGUGAAAAAUCUGCAAGGAACUAGGGAUAGUAAUAAUAAUAUAUGCAAACUGAAACUCAUGUAAUAUCAGGCCUUUAAGGAGGAAAUACAAUAAAUCAUCUCGAUGGUGAUUCGUUUUCUUCAACUUAUAGAGAAAAUGAGUAUUUUAUUACACUUUAACAGCAAGACACAUUCAAUAAUCACAUGAAUAUCAUGACUUCAAGAAGUAAUAUGGUGCUAGAUGAUGAAUUAGGAGAAGGAUUACAAUCUUUACCUCUUGAAUCACCGAUGAAUAAUGAGAAAUUUAUAGCAAGAAGACAGUACUUAAAGUAAGAUCAGGAAUAGUAGUUAAAGCAGCAGCAAAAGCAAUAGAAAAAGCUAUCUCUACUAUUCAAUAUCUAAGAUAAGCAAUUAAAGCGUUAAAGUUUUGCUAGUCUAAAGAAAAGAUGUGCGGCUCAUGAAACUCUCAAAAAGGUUCUUGAUUAAAUAAUUUAAAAGGCCUUGGUAUAUGAAAAAAAGAAACAAAAAUAGGCAUUUGUCAGAUUUAUUAAGAACUGUAUUUUUAAGAAUAAACUUGAAGACUUCCUCGUUAUGACUAAGUAAAGAUUAUUGGAAAAAGCCUUCGAUAAGAUUAAAGAGAACAAUUGGAUCGCAGAGGAAAGAAAAGAGUCGCUAGAGCAUAUAAUAAUGAAAUAAAAUAUUAAAAAAGCUUUUAACACAAUGAGAAUCAAAACAGUGAUAUCUAGAAGUGUUUGUAAAAUAGUAGAGCAUUAUCUUAAUUACUAGAAUUUUUAGAAGCUCAAUCAAAUGUUCCUGAAUUGGAGAUACAACGUAGAAACAUUAAGAUUGACUGAUAUAAAGAAAGAAAAACUGUUGAGUAUCAUUUUCUUCCAUAAAUACUUCAAGCAUGGAUUUUAGUAAUACAAAAGUAAAUGCUUAGUUUAAGUAAAAAAACAAGAAAAGCUUAAGUCAGUGAUUAUACUUCUGUUCAAUAAACUGACCUAAAGUGCAAUUUAAAAAUGGAAAAAUCAAACUCUAAACUCCUAAGAAAUAAAUUUGAAGCAGCAAGUUAUAACUUAGCUAAUAUAUAACUCUUAAACAAUUAACAUGAAGAGGUUCUUCAUGAGAUGGAGGGAUACUUCUUAGCAAGAUUAAAGAUAAAAAAUCUAUAGAUAAAGUCAAGCCAUCUUGCAUACUAUUUUGCCCAAUCUGAGGGUUAGACUUCUUAGAUAAAAGUAGUAUAGCUUUGAAAGACUUAAAGCCAGAGUGAUAAUGUAAAAUAAAGCUAAGAAAUAGAUUAGAUUUAUGCUGAUAAGCCUUAAGAAUAAUUAGCAAUUUGCAAUUUUAAAAGCUUUUUAGAAAUGGAGAGAAAUUAGAGCUAGCAAAAUUAUGAAGAUGAGCUAUAUUGAUGAAUCACUUAUUGAAAAACACAAUUACCAAGAAAAUGAAGAAAGUGAUAAUGAGUCUAAUGAUGGGGACUUCAAUUAGAAGUUUAUUUAUUCUGUAGAUUAAACCCAAUUGUAAUAAAAGAUUCAGCAUUAAUUCAUUAAUGAUAAAACUCAGAGUCCAUCAAUUAGCCUUAGCUAAAAUUAGAUAACUUUUGCUAAAAAGCAUGAGGACUAACAGUUUAAUACUUCCUCAGAAAGCCAAAAUUCUCAGGCCUAAAAUGAGAAAUAGAAUUACAACAUGUACUAAGGAUACUUAAAUGAAUCAGAAGAAGAGGAUAUAGAUGAUGAGGAGUUUGAAAAGCUGAAUCAAAUCAGAAGAAUAUCUUAUGAGUCCUCAGGACUAAAUAAAUUUGUUAAGGAGUCUCAAAACUUUGAGAAAAAUUAAGAUGAGAUUAAUAACUUGCCUCCUCUUCAAUUGAAUAAAAGAGGUAUUAGUGAGAUAGUAAGCAAGUAGGGAAAACCCUUGGAAAACCUAAGAUAUUAAUGA